AUGGGUGCUGGUAGUUCUAAGCCCGAGGCUGCGGGUGACUCCAAGCAUGUCUUCUCCAGCAACUCUCCCAUCCAGUUCUCCUCCAACCUAGUCGAUGCCCUCCAGUCCAACGGCGAGACCGACGCAUCCCGCGCUAAGGCCGUCGAACUCGAAAUCCAAAACCGCGUCGCCGCAGAGCUGAAGCGCCUCCACGAACGCGAACAGCAAACCCUCGCUGAGAUCGAGAGGCGUCUUUCCGAGUCAAAGGACACAGGCUCCCUCCCCAUUACCGCCGCUACAGCCCCAGUCGCACGCAAAAACGGCUACACCGUCGGAUCGCUGAACCUUGAUGCGCCCCGAAUUCCCUUCGCUGGUCGCGAACACGAUGCUCCUACUUUCACUGCACCCGUUGAGCAGCAGGAGCAGCCACAAGAAGGACUCAAGCGUGAUGUUUCGUCAAAGUCUGUUAUGAGCGAUGUCGAGAAGCUGCGCGCCCAGCUGGAUGGACGACGCAAGCUGCUUGAUUUGGAUGAGGGUGUUGAGAAGGCCAAGGCCGAUGUUGUUGGUUGUCUGCGACUGAAUGAUCGUCGACCAUUGGACUGCUGGAAGGAGGUUGACGCUUUUAAGAAGGAGGUUGCCAGGAUGGAGGCCGCCUUUGUGGAUCGUAUUGUGGGUUAG